GGCUAUUAUAUGUCUAAAGUCUAUGAUUACAUUAUACAAUAUUGAAUAAUCAUAUUUUCAUUGUAAUUUACAUUACACAAACUACAAAGUCCAUUACAAUUUCUCAAAUUAUAAGCCUUUUAUUUGAUUUAGUUUCGAUAUAACAGCAGGCUGUUAAGUUCUUGAAUAUGAAUAUAGAGUCAUCUUAUGUCCAAUAGGUAUAUCGAUUAUUAGCUCUAGGUUAUUAUUGAAACCACAAUGUCUUGGCUAAACUCGUUGAAAGAAUUUUUUACUCCUGAUAAAAAUCCUAGUAAAGUUAUUGAAGUCAAAUCUGAAAAAUAUUCUGAUCGUAACGUACACUUUCGUGAUGGUCCAAUUAUUUUGUAUGCAGUUGAUAGCAAUAAUGUUAGUGAAAUUGUAUUGCAUUUAUCACGUACAGAGAGUUUGACAACUUCAUACAGGUAAGUUAAUUAUUGUAUUAUUUAGAAUUGUAUAUUAAUAUGAGUAUUGUUGAAUUAGUUUAUUCAGAGGCUUAAAUAUUGAAGAUUCGGAAAAUAGAUUUAUCAUUCUCAAAGAUAGUUUACCAAAAAUACUCAGUAUCUCAAAAGAUGUAAGUUAAAUUUGCAAAUAAAAUAUAAUUGUAUACUGAUACCUAGUCAUAAAUUACGCAGGGUUAUUGUUUGUCUGUGAUACAAAAUUUGUGUGAUACACUCGUUGAACAUCCAACAUGGAAUGUGGCACAUUUAGUUGUACGACUGUCAAUGAUGGAUAUUUUAUCCGACCCAAAUAUUGUUCCGUAUGUUUACUGUUGACUUUCACUUAGAUUUCACUAAGUAGGUACCUAAUUUAUUUUUAUUUAGGUACUUAAAUACACCAGAUGUGGAAACUGGUAUAUCACCACUUCAAUUGGCCAUAUAUGACAACAAUUUGUCAAUUGUGAAAGCUUUAAUUGGUUUGGACAUUUCUUUGGAACAUUUGGAUAAUGAAGCUAAUUCAGUUUUUCAUUAUGCUGCUAAAUCUAGCAGUGAAAUAAUUUUGGUAAAGUGAUAAGUAUAAUAUUUUAAGUAUAUAACUAAUUAUUGAAUUACUAUUAUAGGUUUUAUCUAAAGUGAGCACUAAGUGUUUGAGCUAUUGUAACAUCAAUGGAUUUACACCACUUCAUUUAGCAUGUCAAGCUGAUAAACCAGAAUGCGUAAAGGAAUUGUUGGUUUGUGGAGCAGAUGUAAACAUACCUGCUGGAGUUCCUGUAACAAACAUUUCUGAAAACAAAUUGCCAGGCAUUGUUAAAGAGUAUCUUCAAGAUAAUCAUAAAAAAUUAUUUGUAGAAGUAUGACAAUAUUAUAUAAUAUGCAAUUUAAAAUAAUAUUAGGAGUUUUCAGCUGUUAGCUAGUAUUUCAAUUUUAUUAAUAAUUUGACGUCAACUCUAAAUAAGGAAAUAUUGAGACAUGUAAGAUCAAUUUUGUAGUUUUAUUACAUGUAGUCUUUGAAUCUACGUAACUUUUCUCAUGUAUAAAAAUGUUUUCCCUUUGAAAUAUAAUACUAGGAUAUCCUUGAAUUUUGUAAUAUUAAUUUUUGAUAAAUACUUUGAUCAUAUAUUAUGGGUAAGAGUUCUGUCAGUUUCCUACUUUUGUGUCCAAAUUAACCUACUAUUUACUGUCAUAAUUUCGGGUGAUACAUGCAUAGUACACUUACAAAAAUUUGUAAACUAAUCAGAAAGAUUACAUUGCAUUCAUUUUUGUUUACAAAAUAGAUUAUUUUGCUUAAUUUUGUUUUUAUUUUGUAUAAUUUUAUCAGCAGCAGUAGCCACGGCUUGUAUUGCGCACUAGACAUAACAUCACCUUACACAUGGCAUACGUGGGGUUUUAUAUUGGACACAAUUAAGUAAACAGUAUAACACAAAUAGUUCCAUCCAUAGUAUAUCUACAAGCAGGGACGACUCUAGAGAUUUCGUUGGAGGCGGGGCUAAGCCAUAUUUAUCAGAAAACUAUAACAAAAAGAAUAUUUUAUAUUUUAUAGUUUAGAUAGUAGAUACCUCACUACACACUUGUAUGUGUCUGUAAUAGUCGAUGGUUUAAUUAUAUAAUAUAAUGUCAUAAUCAUAUUACACCAAACAUAUUAUAUUUUUUUGUCAGAAAAGUUGUUUUUAACAAAAAAUAUGGGCUUAGGCUAAUAAUAAUUAUUAAUUACGACAAUAGAAAUUUGGGCAUAUGAAUAUAAGGUAAAACACUUAGGGAUAAAGAAUUAUCGAUACAGCAUGAACAUAUAAGAAAAUUAUGGCUAGAACUAAUAGCCUUACAUAUUAUAAUUACAAAGUAUGCGGUGAAGAGGAUAAUUACUACUUAUAAACAAUGAAAUGGAAAGGUACAUUAAACAGCUUUUGAUCUCUGGAUCUCUGGUAGGGUAAGAAGAAACGAGUGAUGGUAAUUAUGCAAGAUAUGUUCAAUCUCCAAAAUAUAGGCAACAUAAGAAAGAAAUGUAUUUUGGACCCUUUUAUUAUUCACUUGAGUCUUGCUUGAGGAGUGUUAAAUAACUAGACCAUAUUCUAAAGUGGAACCGAUUAACAAAAUAUUAUAUAUAUAUUUUUUAUUAGAGCUUUUAUUAAAAACUAUUAAACCCAAAAAUUAUGUUAUAAUACAGAGAAAACUUAUAAUAAUAAAAAUAAAAAUAAUAAUAGUGACAAUAAAAUAAUAGAAAAUUAUAUUUCUUAUAAUGUAUGUUAUUCAUAUUAUUUACAAGUAUUUUAAAACUUUUUUAUGAUGAUCAAUAUCAUUGUUUUAUAAUCAUUUUGCAUCAUUAUUUCAUGGUUAAUUAUAAUAUACAUUAUUUAAUUUAGUAAAAGUUCAAUAUACGUAGUUAUCAUUUCCUGUCAUUAAAAUAUAUUCAGGGGUAAGGUGAUAAGGAUAUGUCUGUUGAUUUUUGUAAAUGGGGGUGUCCAGUCAACUGCUUAAAUACAGGGAGAAAUGUCUGAAAUUGCAUAUAUAUAUGUUUAUUAUAAAACAACUUGGUUAAAUUGUAGUUUGUUAUAAAAGUUGUAUUGGAUACUAAUCAGAAGAAGUAUAAUAAUAAUAUUUUAUUAAUGGAAAAAAAUAAUUUCCACUUAAAUAUUUAUAAUUUGAUAGUACAUAAGUUAUAAAUAUUGAACAUGAACAAUAAUUAGUUAAUGACUAAAUAAAAGUUAAAUUUUAGAGGAAUUAAUAUUAUACAAAUAGAAUUAGCUUAAUAAAAUAUUUGGUAAAUUAAAUAAGGUAGUAUUAAAUAAGUAUACAAUGUGUAUUGAGUUUCCUGCAGACAUAAAAGCAUUUGGCGGAGUGAAUAACAUAUAUUUUGAGUAGCUUGUUGAAUGGUAAAAUAGGGAUUUUUUUUUUGAAUGUGAUUUAUUAAUUUUAUAAUUUUAUUUUUAUUUUUUAAUUUGAGCGAUUGUUCAAGGAUUUCAGAACAAUUAACCAUAAUAUGUAAUAAUUUGUAUAAAAAUUCAAGAGAUAUUAUUUUAAAUCAACAAAUUGAAUCAUUCCUUGAGUGAGGAACUAUUUCAAUGUGACAUUUACAACAUAAAUAUCUUAGAAAGUUGUUUUGGACUGAGUAUAGAAUUUGAUUUUGGUUUAUAUAAUUAGUGUGCCAAAUUAAAGAAGCAUAGUUAAAAUGAGACUGAACUAAUAAGUAAUAUAACACUUAAAUAUUGACUUAUCAUUGAAAUCCUUAAACACACAUUUUAAGAAUCCUAGUUUCAUUAGAGCUUUAUUUCUAAUGUAAUCAAUAUAAUGAUUGUAUGUGAGUUUUGAAUCAAAUAAGACACCCAGGUCCUUAAUAUCAUCUUUGCGUGAUAGAUUUAAAUUAUUGAUGUAUAAUCAAAAAUAACAUGUUUUUUUUUUUUUUAUAGAAAAAGAGAUUACAGCACACUUGUCAAUAUUUAGUGACAUAACAUUUUUAAUACACCAUUGAUAUAAGUUGUUUAAAUCAUGAAAUUUAAUCGUAUUCUCAAGACAUUAAAUUUUUUUUGUACAUUUUAGUAUCAUUCGCGAAUAGAAGGCAUUUUGGAUUUUGAAUUUUUGAAUUUUGUAUGAUUCUAUGAAUAUUAUUAAUGAAGAUAGAAAAAAGUAGUGGCGAUAAGUGGUCACCUUGUGGGACUAUAGAUAAUAUGUUUAUUUGACCAGAUAUAUAGUUUUCAUUUUGUUUUUAUUUUCAUAUGUUUAGGGUAUUUUUUUUACUAUAAUUAUCUUUUUUUUUAAGUGUUAUUAUUAUUUUCCCUAUGUGUUAAAAUUUGCAAACAUUUUUUCAAUAUAUUUAAUCUACUAAUCAUUUUUUUGUUCAAUAUAUCUAACAUUAACCAUGAUUCAUGAUACCUAGUAAUUUAUUAAUAAGAAAAAAUAGAUAAAAAAUCAGAAUAUUAACAUCUAUGGCAAGUAUUAGAAUAUUGUAUUGUUUUAGGACAUGAAAUUUGGAGGUACCCCUUUGCAUUGGUCAAGUUCUCGUGAAGUCAUUGAUAGCUUAAUUGCCAAUAAUUGUGAUAUAAAUGCAUUGAAUUUUGAUAAACGCACAGCUCUUCACAUCAUGGUAGUAUUAAAUAUUAUUUACUGUAACUUAUGCUUCUGAUUAUUGAUAUAAUUUAUGUAAUUAUAUCAAUAAAAAACAAUAUUUUUUCUUAUUUUAGGUUUUGAGAAAUAGAUUUGACUGUGUUAUGGGAUUGCUAUGCAAUGGAGCUAAUGCAAACAUAGCUGACGAAGAAGGCAAUACUCCUCUUCAUUUGGCAGUUGAAAAAAAUUUGGUAUCGGUUAUUCAAGCACUUAUUGCGUUUGAAGCUGAUGUAGAUUAUGUGUAUGCAAUAUUUUAAAAUUUGUAAUUUAAAUUAUUUCUUUUAAAAGUUAAAACUAUUUUAAAUAAUUUUCAGUAACCAUAAAGGUGUAUCUCCAAGACAUAUUGCAGCUACUAAUAACGGACCUGGUAGAAUUUCUGAAAAAAUUGUUUAUAUAUUGCAUGCAAUUGGAGCAAAACGGUGUUCUAAUGUUCUAUUAGAAAAGGAAUGCACUAACGGAUGUGCUUGGAAUUUAGAAUACAAUGGUUUACCUCCUGUAAAACCUAUAUCAAUGCCAGUAUGUAUCAUACUAUUAUUAUUAACCUAUUUGUACAAUUAAAACAUAAAUAAAACCCCGAUAUUAUAGAGUUUAUAAUGUAUGUUAAACCAUUGCAAGAGAAAUCAUAGAAAUGUAUACUAUAUGCAGGGUGUCCAUAAUAAAUAGAUACACUCAAUUACUGUGGGUAAAUUUAUUAUGCUUGAAUUCCGUCUUUUGUAUUCCUAACAAUCAUGUAUUAUGUAUAUUUAUAUAUACAUUUAAAAACAAUUAUUGUAUAAUUAUACUUUUAUUUUAUUUCAUUUUGUGGAUUUUUAAUUUUUAAAUGACAAACCUAAAUUUUAAUUUUGGAAAAAUAAAUAUUUAAAUAUAUAAUAUAUACACUACAUUUUCCAUAAUUAGAUAUAUUUGGAAAUUAAUUUUGAAAGAAAAUAAAAUGUUAAAAAGUAAUUCAUUUUCAAUCUAUUAUAAUUUUUAAAUGUUAGAAAUAAAUUAUAUUAAAAAUAUUUCAAUCCUAGAUUUUUUUAUUUUUGCACAUUCAAUAAUUAUGAUAGUUAAUAACAUCAGUUUCCAAACAUUUCAUUUUCUGAUAUUUAUUUUCUUUUAAAACUGUUUUCUAAAAGGGUCCAAUUAUGAAAUAGUAUAUUUCUUAUUAUAACCUAGAUUUUAAUUCUUUUUAAUUAUUAGUGUUUUAACAUUUUAUAUUCUUGUUUUCUAUUGCUACCCAAUCUUUCCAAAUUUCUUUUACACACUAUAUACUUUACUUCUAAUAGUUAUAUUAUAUUCAAUUGUAUAGGUAAGAUGUAUUGUAACAGCAAUGGAAAAACUCAUGGACGAGAGAAUAAAUGUCAACCAGAAUCACCGUGGAGGCAGAGUUUUAUGUCUCGAUGGUGGUGGUAUUAGAGGACUAGUGUUGAUAUCCAUAUUACUUUAUAUAGAAAAUUCGACUAAAGUUCCCAUUAUUCAUUGUUUUGAUUGGUUAGCAGGCACAAGUACUGGUGGAAUUUUAGCUUUGGGCCUUGCAUGUGGUAAUGUAUUAUAUACAACAUAAAUAAAAAAUAUAAUAUUAUUUAAAAAUUAAAAUUUGUUGUUUAAUUACUAUAGGCUUUAUGAAGUUUAUACUGUUAACGAGUAGGGCACUGUUGUCAUUGGGUUGUUGGGAAGUUAAGAUGUACAGAGUAAUUUAGUUUAUACACUGUGUUCAUCAAUAAGUCAUUGCAAAUGAAAAGAAAACUAAGUGGAGAACAGAACAUUAGUCCUGUUUGAUUCUCGUAGCAAAAGCGACUCAGAAAUCAUUAAAAAUAAAACUUAUAUAUUGUCAUUUGUUGUUAGAUUUUUAUUUAUUUUUUUAAAUUGUUGAACGAAUUGUAAAAAUUCUAAACAUUUUAUCUCAAACAAAAUACCAUUAAGUGAAAAAUUCACAUAUUUUAUUAAGGUAUGACUUAAGAAGUAAAAAUAAAAAAUAAAAGAGUAAAAACAUACAUCAUAGUAAAACAUGUAAGAUUAAUCUUUGCAUACAGAUAUACAUUAAAUUUCCCCUCUACCUUUCCAACUUCUUACUCACAACAUUGGCCUACCCAUUGUGUGAAAUAUAUCUGUUGGUUUUAGAUUCUGAGUUGAGGGAGGAAUGUAUUGGUUUUACAAUGAUUAUUAUUAUUUUUUUCCCUGUGAAUAACUUCUACCAGCAAUUUUGCUCUGAUUUUUAAUGAUAGUACUUUUUCUGAGAAGAAAUAUGACUGGGGAAGUACUUCGGUAGAUUUUUUGAUUUUCCCAAUAAAUGAAAAAAAAAAUUAAGGUUAAACAAGAAAUAGGUAGAAUAUUAAACAAAUAUUAUUAAAGAAAAUGUUUAAUGCAUAUGUAAUUAUUUUACCAUAAUAUAUGACAUAUAUAUAUAUUGUUAACAAAGUAAUACUAUCAACCAAACUCUCAGAAUCAUUUUUUUUCGUUAGCAAUGGUUAAUUGUCGCGUACAGUUAUACAUUAAAUUUUCUCUUACUACCUUCUUAACUUCUCAGCUUCAAUUCACCCACGUGUAAAGUAUGUCAAUCUUUUUGUUAAAUUUUCACUUAAAUUUAAUUGAUUGUUUAUAAACUAUUCUUACAAAUUAUCCUAAAUUAACUUUAUAAAGUUAAAAUAAAUCUUUAAAACUUUAAAUAAAGAAAUCCAUGUAUUUAGUUUUUAAGAGCACUCAGCUGUUGAAUCAUAUUUAUCUUUUUUAAUUACUUAACUAGUUAGGGUUAUUGAAAGUUAAACAGCAUUGUUAUUGUUUAGUUUAAAUAUACUUGUAUAAUGAUGUUUUGUUUGUUAUAUUUAUGAACCUAAUUUAUAGUUUAGGAUAGUGGUAUUUAAUCAUAAAAAAAAAAAAAAAAAAUAGACAAUUCGGGAGAAUUUUAUUAAAAUUAUUAUUUAUUUAAUAAUUUGAUUUAUUAACAUAGCCAUAAACUAAUGAAACUAUACCAACUACUAUCAAUUAUUUUAUCCGCUAAAUCAUAAUUUUAAAAAUAUAUUGCAAAAUGUAUAUUAUGCGGUAAUAAAAUUUAAAUGUAGAUAAAAUACUGUAAUAAUACAAUAAUAACGGAAUGUAUAAAAUUAACAUAAUAUACUUACACCAUUAAAAUUAAUUUACAAAAGAAAAAAUCCAGUUUAUUUUAUCAAAAUGAAAACAUUAAAAGUUUUUUAAAAAUACUUAUACUAUUUUUAUUUGUUUUGUUUAUUUAUGGGAAAAAAAAAAACAUAAUAUCUUUGAUUUAAUGUCUAUUUGUGCAUACAAUUAAUACAUGUAAUAAUAAACUGUGUUAUUAAUAGAAGGAAAAAAUAAUAUUCUUUAUGAUAUAUUUUUAGAUAAGAAUAUAUUGGAUAAAUUAAUAUAAAUUAUUACAACAAAAUUUUGUUAUAAUAUAAUUAAUCUACAUAAAAAUUGUUACAUUAAAUUUUAAUAAUUGUUUCUAAGUUAAAUCCGUAUCCAUUUUCUGACUAUUGCUGUGCUAAUAAAAUUCUAGUCCUCUUGAGAAAUAGUGUACAGUUUCAAAGUUUACUUUUCAUAUUAAUUUAAUCUGUGAGUGAUACUUAUUUAUUGUUAGUAAAAUUAGCAAGAUAUAAUUUUGAAUUUAUCAAAUUUUAAAACUCGUUUCAAAAUUAAUGUCGUAAUCUAAUUGAUAGUUUUUAACACCAUCUAUUUUUUUAACAAUUAUUUGUAAAGUAAUAAAAUAAAAUAUAAUACAAUCACAGCGCAGAGCUCGUUAAAAAAAAAAAAAAAAAAACUAUAAUAUUCAAUAGAAAAAAAGUUAUAACAUUUGUAAAUAGUUCUGUUAUAUAUGUAAUAUGUAUAUAACAAUGAAAUAAAGCAUUUAAAUAUGGUAUUUAAACUUGGUCACAUUUUAGGACGACAAUGACAAUAUAGGCACAUUAACAUUAUUACAUUAUUUGUGAUAAUAUAUUAUUAUUUAAAUUUGGUAAAUAAUGCAUAUUACAGGUAAAAUCUAUUAUUAAUUCAUAAAUACAAUUUUAGGUAAAUCAUUGCAUGAGUGUUUAUGUUUAUACUUUCGACUUAAACAUCAAGUGUUUCAAGGCAGUAAACCUUAUCCGAGUGAUAUUUUGGAAAAUAUGCUAAAAAUGGCAUUGGGUGAAAAUACGUAUAUGAGUGAUAUACAACACCCUAAGUAGGUGUUAUUGUGUUAUUAUUAAGUUAACAGUAUUAUUAAAUUACUUACACACAUUUAUUUAUUUAUUUUAUAUUUUAAUCAUAAUAAUAAUAUUACAUCUUACAAAUUGUUUAGAAUUCUAGUCACAGGUUUGUUAGCUGACAGAAAGCCUGUAGAUUUGCACAUUUUUCGCAAUUAUACAUCACCUAGUGAUAUGAUCAAUCAAGAUCAACCAUAUGAUUAUCCUCCACCACCACCACCUCACGAACAGUUGGCAUGGAAAGCAGCAAGAGCAAGCGGUGCUGCACCUUCCUAUUUUAGGUAAUUCAAUAUUUUUAUUUUUAUUAUUCAUAUUAUUAUGUAAUAUUUUAUUCUACAAACUCAAUAAUAUGUUAUGUUUUAAAUAUUAUGGAAUUAGUGCAAAUAUAUGUUUAUAUUUUUAUUAGAUUUCAUAUUGUUUAUUCAAUUUAUAUUUAUCAUUAAAAAAAAAUAAAUAUUUAUUAUAGUUAUUCGAGUUAUUUUUUUAAUUAGUUCAUUAUUUGUAUUUUAUUUUUUUAUUUAACCUAUGUUUAAAAUAGUAUUUUAUCUUAUAAGAAUGUUGAACGUGAAUACUGUUUAUGUCUAUACAAAUUUAAAAGUCUUGUUGGUUGUGUGAGCUAGAUUUUGGUGUCGAAAUAAAUAUGAGAAGUUGUAAAAAAUGCUAUAAAACAGGUUUAUUUUAGAAAUUGUUUUAAAAUAAAUUUAUAUACACUUAAUUUUGAAAAAAAUCAUAUGAAAUUGGCAGAUGAACAUUUCAAAAAAAAAAUUUUCAUAGACAUUUAGGAAAACCUAUUAUGAUUAUUCGGUAUCAAAAUCAAGUUUAAAUGGUUAACUAGGCUUGAGUACUGAUGGAAGUACAAACAAAAAACUUUUUGUCAUACUUCCCGUUAAAUAGACAGCAAGUGCACAUUUGUCAACCUCUUAAACAUAUUUAAGUUGAAUUAGAAAACAUUUUAGUAAUUUAGUAUUAUAUGUAGAGAAAAUCUAGAGAAUACUGUCAUAAAUUCAUGUUUUUUGAGUAUUGUAAAUUAAAUAAUUUCAUUAACAUCCAUAGUAGUAACAUUGUAGGAGUAAUAAUAGCAGAUAUGACAACUUUCCUUGUAAAUAUAAUAUUAAUUUUGCAGUGAAAAACAUGUCAAUGUUUUUGUUGUUUCAAUGUCAAUGUGCAAUUUUUACUAACUUAAGUAUUUAAGAAAUAAUUUAAUAAUAUGUUGGUAGUUCGUGCAUACAUUUCACUUUUAAUAAUUAAAUAAGGUUGAUAAUUUGAGUACCAUUCAAUUAUGUUUAUAAUACAUUUUAUUAUCUUACUAUUUUUUAAUUUAUUUUUUGAUAGUAUGAGUAAUUAGAUUUUAAAUGUUUUAGAAUGUUUGGGCGUUUCUUGGAUGGAGGAUUAAUCUCAAAUAACCCUACUCUGGACACAUUAACUGAAAUCGAGGAAUACAAUUUAGCGUUAUCCAUGACAAAUAGAUCCAAUGAAAUUCAAGAUCCAACAGUUGUAGUGUCUGUGGGAACUGGAUGUAUACCAGUUACUGAGGUAAACCAAGUUUAUUAUUGUGUAAGAAACAAUAACUACUUUGUUUCUAAUCAUUCUUUUGGUUUUUACUGGCUAUAUAGGCUAUUUGUUACUACUAUCAAAUCCUUUGAUUAGUCACGGUCAUUAGAGUCGUUGAAUAUUGUUGUUCCAUCUAAACAUUCCAAAUCCUUGUUUACUUAAUCUGCCCACCACUAGAAAGGUUUAUCUCAUGGUUUUUUUUUAUUUUGUUUAUUAUCUAAUACUUUAUGUAUUUUAUGUUAUUAUAAUCAAAAAAACUUCUUUAUUAUUUUAUUUGUUUUUAUAAAGUGUAUACAAUAUUAUUAAUUUAUUAUUAUAGUUUUUGAUAUUCACAUUUUAGGUGAAAAAUUUGGACAUAUUCAAACCAAGUAGUGUGUCUGAUAGUUUACGUCUAGUAUUUGGAUUCUCGGCAUUAGGUCUGUUGCUUAUAGAUCAAGCCACUCAGUCAGACGGCCGUGUUGUGGACAGAGCAAGAUCUUGGUGUUACAAAACCAAGACGGCAUACUUCAGGUAAUUAUUUUUGAUAAGCUUAAAUCGUUUGUAUUUUUUUCUUGAGCAAUAUUCAGUUGUUUGUGUUUUGUAGGUUUUGUCCUCAGUUAUCAGAAGAUAUAUCCAUGGAUGAAAAAGAUGAUGCAAAAUUAGUUCAAAUCCUAUGGGAAACUAAAGUUGAUAUGGUGAAAAAUCAUAGUAAAGUAUGUAAACUGGCACAAUUAUUAAAAUGAUCUGAAGUGAGCCAUAAAUUGGUACAACUAUUAAAAAUAUGAUCUUUUAUAUAUUUAAGCAUAUUAUUAUGUAAUUUAAUUCAAUUUUAAUUCAAUUUUAUUGUUUUUUAUCGUUUUAUUUUUAUUGUUUUUGUUAAUUUGUUUUAAAUAGAUCAUGUAGUAAAUUGUUAGGAUAUAAUGUAUGUAUAUAAUAUUCAUUACAUAUACAUGUAAAUAAAUUAAUGUAUUUAUUUAUAUAUUUAUUGCUUUAUAUUUAUAGAAAUAUAUAAUAAUGUUAUAUCAAUUACUAAAAUUUGUAAUACAGUGCAAAUUGUCAUAAACUAAAGGAAUAAAUUAUUACACUUGUGCUUUUUCUUAAAACUAUGGUAACACUAGUAAGUAACAUUGUUCAACAACAAUAUUAGUAAACUUAAAUAUGUGCAAUAUACAAUAUAUUAUCUUAUACAAUAUUAUAACAUAAGAUUUUGGGAUUGUUUGUUUUUAUCAAAUAAUUAUUAUUGAAACCCUCUCGUUUUUUUUUU